AUGGAGAGAGUGGAGGAAGUGGUGGAUAGAGGGAGGGAAGUGGAGGAGGACCUGUUCGAUAAUGCCAUGACCGGCGACUGGGAAAAAGUUGUGGGGCUCUAUAGAUCAUCAGAGAAUGUUCAUGAUUUGCGUAUCACCAAAAUGGGGGACACUGCUCUACAUAUCGCUGCUUUCGAUGGCGAAACAAAAAUUGUGCUGGAUUUGCUGGAGAUCAUUAAAGAAAAUGCAUCCAAGAUAUUGCAAAUAAAAAACAAGAAAGGCAACACACCUCUCCAUUUAGCUGCUAAAGUGGGGGAUGUGGAAACGUGUCAUGCAAUGGCCACCAAAGACCGCAAACUCGUGUCGCUUCGCAAUGAUCAGGACGAGACCCCUCUCUUCUUGGCAGCUCUUAAUGGGCAUGAGAAGGUUUUUCUUUGCCUUCAUAGUCACUGUGUAGAAGGAUGCUAUUCAUUUAGAGCAAGGAAUGGUGAUACCAUUCUCCAUGCAGCUAUGUCCGGUGAAUACUUCAAUUUGGCAUUCCAGAUCAUUCUGUGGCACCCAGAACUUGUUAAUAAUAUUAAUCAGAGUGGCUUAUCUCCCCUGCAUAUUCUCGCCAAUACUCCUUCAGCAUUCAAAAGCAGUAGCCGCCUUAGACAGUUGGAUCGUCUCAUAUACCAAUGUUUGAUUGCUGAAGAGCUAAAUGGGCAAGAAGUUGACAAAAAGAUUUGUCCCCGCGGCAAAAAAGGAAGGAAUAUCGACAAUAGGGGUUCUGAAUCUCAAGAAUUAACUAAAUCAUGGGGAAAUAGGAUGUGCUCUUCUCUAUGUCUAGCUAAGAGAGGAAAUAAAAAGGAAGAUGCAGAGAAUCCCCAACAAAAGAGCAGCUCAAUGCAAGGUAUGAACCAACGAGAAGAAAGUCAUCCCAAUUAUAUUUACUCCUCAUGUGUUAAGUUUUUCAACUUAAUCACGGCUGUCUUGGACGUGAUCAAUGGUUCUCCGCGAAGCGCAGUUUGGAGCAUAGAUAAAAUCCAAGACGAGAAAAGGCGACAUAUAUGGGCUACUCAGGUCAUGAAUAAAUUGGUUGAGCAUAGUAAUUUAUACAAGAAAGUCGUACAAAUUUCUGGAGGAGAUCCAGAAGAUAAAGAUAAAUUUGGAGAUGUUCCUGAUCGUUCCGAAUUGCAUCUGGAGGAGCCAAGUGGAAGUACAAGUCAUACAGAGAAGAAAGACAAUACGGAAGCUAAGAAUGACAAUUUGGAAGAUAAGAAGGACAAUAAAAAAUCGGAAGAUAAGAAGACACCAAUAUUAAUUGCAGCAAAGAUGGGAGUUAGUGAAAUGGUGGAAACAAUCCUAGAUAAAUUUCCAGUGGCUAUUUACGAUGUGGACUCAGAAAACAAGAAUGUUGCACUGUUGGCAGUCGAGAACAGGCAACCCCAUGUUUACAGUUUACUAGUGGACAGGAAGAAACAAAUCACAAGAUUGUUACGUGGGGUGGACAACAAUGGUAACAAUGCAUUGCAUCUUGCUGCUAAAUGUGGAAGACAUCGGCCAUGGCUUACUCCUGGUGCCGCACUACAAAUGCAGUGGGAACUCAAGUGGUACACGUUUGUCAAAAAUUCCAUGCCACCUCGUUCAUCUGUUCGCUACAACAAAAAAGGUCAGAUGCCACAGGAGGUCUUCACAACUUCACACAAACGUCUUCGAAAAGAAGGCAGUGAUUGGCUCGUCAAAACCUCCGAAUCAUGCUCUGUGGUUGCUGCGCUCAUUGCAACAGUUGCCUUCGCAACAUCAGCAUCUGUACCGGGCGGAAUCGAUGAUAAAACUGGUUCACCGGUUUUGAAAGACAAGCCGGCAUUCAAUGCCUUCACCAUCUCAUCACUGCUUGCUCUCUGCUUGUCAGUAACUGCCCUGGUCUUCUUUCUAACCAUUAUUACGUCUCGAUACGAAGCGCAAGAUUUUUCCAUCAGCUUGCCCCGGAAACUUUUGCUGGGUUUAACAUCACUCUUCGCAUCCAUAGCUGCCGUGUUAGUCUCAUUCUGUACUGGCCAUGUUUUUCUCCUUGAUCGACACCUCAGAUAUGUGGCAUAUCCAUUAUAUGCAGCGACUUGCUUGCCGGUUACCAUUUUUGCUCUUGCCCAGUUGUCCCUCUACUAUGAUCUCAUAAGGGUCAUCUUCAGAAAGGUUCCACAGCGCAGCUACAGGGAAUAUAGACACUAA